ACAAAAUGUUCACUUCCGUUUGGUUGUGUCACAUAGUAAAAGUUGGAAGCUGAAUUACUAAGCUUGAUGAAUCAGAAAUUUCCUCAGAACACCGAAUUAUAUUCGCUUGGACUGUAAACUGUACCUUUGUCGUGCUAGGUACCAGAUUGAGUUCCAGUUCUCAAAUGAGACGUAGCUUUAUCUUUUUCUGAUUAUAUUCUGUCAAGGCAUUAGGGCCUCAAGUCUAGUUGCUGUUUCUGAGAAGAAUAUUUAACGACCGAAAAACAAGGACAAGCAAUCAAACCCUAGAGGGAAAUUGACUAGCAGCAAUGAAGUUGUAUUCUAUCGCAGUCCUUCUUAAAACACCUGAAGGAAAAGGAAAAUUACUGACGUGGAAGAAUGAACUGUCUUCGUUUGGUUAUUUUCAAAGGUCCACUGUUGCUGAGUUCAUGUCCUUCACCAGUAAAAUUCUGGUCGAAAGAACAGCUACGGCAUCUAGGGCAUCAGUGAAAGAACAAGAAUAUAUAUGCCAUGUGUAUGUACGCAGUGAUAACCUGUCUGGGGUUGUCAUAGGAGAUCAUGAGUACCCGCAGAGAGUUGCACACACACUCAUCAAUAAGGUUCUAGAUGAGUUUCCUCAGAAGUGUCCCAAGACAAACUGGUCAUCGGUGAAAGAAAAUGAUGUGGUCUAUCCUGAGCUACAAGAGUACUUACAGAAAUUUCAGAAUCCAAAAGAGGCUGAUGCGAUGACGAAGAUUCAGUCAGAGUUGGAUGAGACCAAGAUUAUUUUGCACAACACAAUUGAGGCUGUGUUAGAGAGAGGGGAAAAGCUGGAUGACCUGGUGGAAAAAUCGGAGGGACUCAGCAUGCAAUCAAAAACCUUCUAUAAAACGGCGAAAAAGACAAAUCAAUGUUGCGUUAUACUCUGAGAGACUGGUGUGGGCUCUGUGACUUCGUACUGUGGUGACCCAAACCUUCACAGACAACUGCUUAUGCUCUACCCUGGCUGAGAUGUAAGGAAAUGUGUCUGUGGAACAAAAGUAUUAACACAUUUUGGAAAAGUGAUACUCAGACAAGACUCCAUGAAAUGGGAACAAAGAUUAUCCCCCUCCUCUAUAUCUUUCCUUUUUUUUCUGGUUUUCUUUUUCCUUAAAGUUGUUUAGAAUAUUUAUAUAAGCUGCUGACAGAAGCCAAAUGUGUACAUAAUAUGUGUAUACUUGUUGUUGGCUUUCGGUGUUGCUCGCUCAGAGGAGAAAAAGAAUAUCAACCUGAAGGGGAAGUCUGAAUUCGCUCGAGCAGUUUGUGCCAUGCUGUUUCCUAUUUUUCAUUUAGAGUUAUAUUCAGAUUUUGGAGAAUUAAUAAAAUAAAAAGACAGUUCAUAAUGUUAGUGGUAGUGAAGCCCCCCCAAAAACGAUAGAUUGCUGUGUUCAUCCCGUCUCAGGUAUUCCUACUACACUUUUCUUUCUGCUAUUUACUAGACUCUGCGAAAGGGUUUUUCAGUUUUCUGUGUUUAUCAAUGAUGUGUACUAUAUUUGAUGAGCAUGUGUACCUGUCUUUUCUUUCCAUUAAGAUGCGACAUUUCAGUUGCUCUGUAUAACAUUAUUAAGGUGUGUGUUCGUAACACUUGUUUAAUUUUCAAAUGAAAUUAAAAUUGUCAUUACUGGUGUCAGUUCCUGUUUAUUUCAUUGGUUGUUAGGAGACAAAUGGCUAUUUUCAUGUUUGUGCAUGGUUAUUGUGAGUGGAUGCUGCCAGAAAAUAAGUUGUGAGUGGAAAACUUUUUGAGAAAUCUCAGUCCAUUGUUACUUGAACUGAUUCAUUUUUUUAUUUUUUUUGGAUGGGCUAUGAUCCGUAGUGCUUCAACAGGAAGUUGUCCAUACAUUUUACAUUUUAAUUUUGUGCAUGAGUUAAUUUCUUUAAUUUGUCUAAAUUUCCAUGUGAUUCCUCAUUAUGACUCAACUUUCCUUUUUUGUUUCUGAAUAUAACUUAUAAAAAACAGUUCAACAGAAAUUACAGCCUCUGAAAGUAAUGCCAAGAUGUCCUUAUGAAUCUUUUGUUCAACUGUUCUUUCAUUGAUUAUGUUGUUUCUUAACAUGAUAACUUGAAAUAAAGCAAAAUUCAUGAAAUAGAAA